GAGAGGAGCGCCCAGUUACUCCGCAUCGAGACGACUCAAUCAUGCUGCUGGUGUUGAGAACUGUGCUGCUGCUGGGCCUGGCCUCGUUGUUGCACGCUGCCGGGGGAGGCCAGGCGGUGAGCUUGAGUUUGGGGAAUGGAUCCAGACUGAGGCUGGUGAUGGAUCCCUCAGUGCAGAAUCAGCGCAUCAGCACCUCUGACUCCUCCAUCGCCAACAUGUCUCUGUCUCCGUGGACGUACAUAGACUCCUGUGUGCCCUCCCGGUGGCCUCAGAGGAUCUCUCACGCUCAGUGCCUGACCUCUGGCUGUCUGAGCCUGGAGGGGGGGGGUGAGGACGCAGCUCUGGAGGCCAGACCCAUCUACUACCAGGUCCUCGUCCUCCACAAAAUCCUAAGGCCAGUGCACAACCACAAAGCAGGAGGGAGGAAGAGGAGGCAGUUUGACUUCAGGCUGGGGACGGAGGUGAUCACGGUGGGCUGCACCUGUGUGAGGCCCAGCGUCGUACCGCAGCGGCCAUAACAGGACACUUUGGAAUCCUUUAAAUAGAUGUGUGAAGUUUACAAAGACAACACAAUUAUGACUCUUCCACUUUCUAGUGUGAGUAAGCCUUUUCAUUUAAGCCAGUUAAACUUAUUAUAAACCGAUGAUUUGUGAAUUGCAAAGAGUGUGUUUCUGUGCCCCCUAGUGGUGAGGAAAUGCUUAAUGCAGCUUUCAUUUGACAUUUACUGUAUGUCAUUUUCUUAUAAAAGGGGUAGUUGUGAAAUAUAUAUCGUAUGCUAUAUUAGUUUUGGGGGGUUUGGUCAUUUCAAUAUUUUUUUCUUUUCUCUUAUAUUGUUUUGUAAUAACCCUGUUUUUGUUUAAUUGUUCACAUCAUGAAAAAUCUUUA